GACAUAUAACUUGACAUAUUAAAGUGUAACACGUCUUACCUCGACUGAUUAGACACCAAAAUACUUUGUUUUCUUACAAUUGAAUUCGAUUAAGUUCCAUUUAGAAAUGUAUUUCAAUUCGAUUAGCUGGUUUUCGUCCUUACUCUGCAUGUUUGGAAUAUGUGUCAUAGUGCGUGCCGAAUUUACGACGGAAGAUUGCAAAGAGCUGGGAUUCGAUAAAACUAUGUUGAUGUGUUCAUCCUGCGAAUAUUUGGAUGACUUCGGUUUGGAACAAAUAAAAGAUCAAUGUAAGGAAUGUUGUCAAAAAGACGAUACAAUGCCGCUAUCGAAACGUUACGCAAAGGCCGUGUUGGAAGUGUGUACAUGUAAAUUUGGUGCAUAUCCACAGAUUCAGGCAUUCAUCAAAAGUGAUCGACCCAAAAAAUUCCACAAUCUGUCUAUCAAAUACUUGCGCGGCAUCGAUCCGAUUGUUAAAAUGAUGGAUGCUGAUGGUAAUGUGAAGGAAACACUGUCGAUCAAAAAGUGGAACACAGAUACGGUGGAAGAGUUUUUCGAAACACAUUUGGAAAAGGAUAACGCUGAGGAUUACUUGAGCUCGAAUAAAGUGUGAAGAUGAUUUCCAAUAAACU